UUCCCACCAUGAUGAGAAUCCAUCUCUGACUGUGGAUCCUCUGAACGUCAGCACGGCUGCCUCGUCCUCUCACCUCAGUCUGGACUGGAUCUGAUCUCUGUCUCCAUGACGGGAUGAAAUCCACGUAGUGAUACAGGAGCAUCUCCUCCUCCUCCUCCUCCUCCUGCUCCUGCUCGUCUUUUCUUCUCCGGCAGCGGAGCUCAGCUCUGUCUCUCCUCCUCCUCCUCCUCCUCCUCCCGGCGGAGACAUGAGGAACCCAGCGGCCGGUGUAGCGCUGACAUUCUGGCUGCUUGUAGAGUGUGUGGAAGCCAAGAAGUACUGCUGGUAUUUUGAAGGUGGAUACCCCAUCUACUUCAUAUGUCGCUCAUAUGAAGACUGCUGCGGGACACGCUGCUGCGUGAGAGCACUUUCCAUCCAGAGACUAUGGUACUUCUGGGUUCUGCUGAUGAUGGGAGUGUUGUUCUGCUGCGGCGCCGGUUUCUUCAUACGCAGACGCAUUUACCCGUCGCCUCUGAGAGAUGAGACAGCGUUCAACGUCUCCUUCACCAGGCAUCCCGUCACCACACCGGUUUCCCAGCAGCCAGGAAGUAUGCAGGGUUUCGGGGUCAACGGAAUGACAGGUGGUGACCCUGGGGUUACCAUGACGCACCCAGCAUACCCAGCACAGCCUGGCUCCGCCCAUAUGAUGAUGGCCCCCUAUCCUCCACCUCCGUCUUACUGCAACCACCCGCCACCGUCCUACGAACAAAUAUUUCAAAACGGUGAUAAGAAGUAACAUCUGCACAAGAAAGAGAAGAAGGACAUCUGAAGAAGAGGAGGAAGAGGAGGAGAAGUCUGCCCAUUCUUAACUGGUUUUGGACAACAUGGAAAACACAACCGGUUCUGUGGGAAAGACCAACAGAGACUUUACACACACACACACACACACACACACACACACACACACACACACACACACUGCAUCAUCUGAAAUGAUUGAUUUCCUGUUGAUUUACGGACUGGAUCAGUGUCUGUGUCGUAAUGAGGACGAGCGAGGAUGGAACCGUCGAGGUCAAGGAUUCACUCACCUCUCAUCUCCACCCUCUGUGUCUGGAACUAAGACACUGAGUUAUGACAUUCUCACUUUAGGUUAGUUCAGUUUUUUAAGUUGAACUGUUUGAGGUUCUGACACUUAGUGAUGACGCUGUGCCCGGACUCAGAGCCCAGAACCAGAACUAAGAGAGGCUUACUUUCACUGAAAACAUCAGCUUUUAGCCACUUACUAAAAGAAUCACCUUAACAAGUGGAGAAAAUCCCUGAUUUAGCAUCUCUUUAUUAGAAAGUUACUUUAUCAGGUUUACUGAAGUGAAACAUUGAGCAAACAUGGCAGCAGGAAAUCAGCAGCUCUGGUGAGAGCUCAGUGAGUUCAGUGUCAGCGCCUCACACAACCAUCCCGUUAUCAUCAGUGUAAGAAUGACAACAUGAGUCUUAUUCUCUAUCCAGCACCAGCAGGCGUUUCACUAAAUGAUGAGUUCUUGAUGCAUCUUUAAUCCCAGUAUCUGUCGCCCUGUUAUGUAACGACAUGAUGAGCGACACGACAUUCUGCUGUUAGCGGCGAUGAAGGCUGUUAGUUCAUCACAUGAUAGAUCACAUGGUGACGUGGUGAGAGGGUGAAGUGGGUGAUGGUAUGUUUCUUUCUCUUCUGUCAUGUGAUACUUUUUAACGUCACCUUUCAAGGAAAUGUCAAAAUGCUCUAUAUUUAUAUCGUACUUUUCUUGUCUCGAUGACCACGACAGCUCUGGCAUUCACCCAUUCACACUCAUUCCCUCACACAUUCAGCGCUUUUUCUAUCACACAUGCAGCCAUCAUGAGCAGCGUGGGGUUAGAUGUCUUAGCCAGGGAACACAGACCGGGGGCAGGAGACUUGUGUGCCCUUGAGUCUAAUGCCCUGGUACUUUGCCAUGGGCUGUCCACACAUCAGCAUGUUGGCUGGCAGUGCUGGGAAUCAAACCCCCACCCUCCAGUUAAAGGACGACCCACUGAAUCCUGGCUGCAAGUACUGUGUCCAACUGUUGGUUUAUGUAAGAUGGUGAAGAAGAGGCAGGAUGGUGAAGAAGAGGCAGGAUGGUGAAGAAGAGGCAGGAGGCACAGCUCAAACACCAGAGUCACAUUGAAAUGAAGUGAAUGGGCGUGUUGUCAUUGAUGAAUGUGAUGAAAUGAUAGUCAGAGAAGUGUGAGUGGUGCAGUGGAGAGCGGUGAUCCACGACACGUGUCAUUUCCUGCUGAAUCAGAGCAGUGUGAUGGGAAACUAUCACUUCUCAUUGAGCUCAUUCCUCUUUAGCCUCUGCUCGACCGGCUGUUUAACUGUUCACUCGCUCACUUAGUCAUGUUCACUCAUGUUCACUCAUGUUCACUCACGUUCACUCACUAUAGUGAGUGUGGUUAGCAGAGCGGUGACUGUCGUGGCCGACUGACAACAUGGUUACAUGCGUAUUCUCUUAUUCUCUUAUAAAGUAUCACAAUGUGACGCCGUCUUCUGGUUUACAGGUUGAGUCAAAUCAGGAAGUUACAAUUUAUUGAAUAGCCGCCAGGGGGCGCUAUGGGAAAAUGAAAUCUCAGAGUUAUGGUAACAGUCACUAGUUUCAGCUCUUCUUCAAUAGAAAAUAAUGUCAUUUAAAUAUAGAUGAUCGAUGAUAAAGCACAGCACAUUAUUGUCCAGUACAAUGAUGAAGCUUGUUUUUCCACUUUUUUUAUAUCUGGUUUGUGGUCAAACUGUUUAACUGACAUUAAAUGCAUAGAUUAUUAUUUGAUUGGUCAGUGCUCAUCAUACACAUCAACUACAGUUUCAAAGACAUAAAGCUGCUGUCAUGUCAUCUUUCGUCGAACUUCCUGUCAUCAGUCCCCUCCCUCAUCAGCUGUCCCCUCCCUCAUCAGUCCCCUCCCUCAUCAGUCCCCUCCCUCAUCAGUCCCCUCCCUCAGCUGAUGCUGGGAACAGACUGGGUUUGGACCCACAGGAGAUAUUUUAUCAUGUUAUAUCUGCAUCAGUGUUCUCUAUCUCUAAGUCAUGACUCGCUGAUCUGUUGAAAAUAUCAAAUGUUACAGAAAAGGCAGUAAAUACAGUCAGAAACACUUUAUCUAGAGAAUAUAGAGCUCUUUAACAUUAAUAUUAUUAUUACUAUUAUUAUUUAAGUUGUAUAUCAACAAACAGCUUUAACGCUGUGGUUUUUAAAGUCUAUUAGCAAACAUGUAGGUUUAGUACAUGUAGUGUGUAUUCCUGAUAUUUCUCUGUGUCAUGGAACUGCUCAUGAAACGUGUUCUGGUGGAGUUUGUUAGAUUUACACA